CAAGAGCAAACAUGGCUCCUGUCAAGAGACCACAGAGCUUAGCCCGCAUUUAGUCUGCGUCCCGUAGUUUUAUUCUCUUCUCUUCAUUUUACUCUUCGGAAGCGGCUACGUAAGACAUUAGCAAUACUUUUAGUGAUUUAUUUUUUUGUACUAUUUUAACUGCUUUCCACUUUAAUCUGGAUAAGAAACUGAGCUGUCGUCGUAGACCAGCUAAGUAGCUAACUAGCCAGCUAGCUUGCUCAACGAAGCAUCCAGCUGGCAGGGUAAAAGUUGGCUAGCUUGUGAGUCUUUCAGUAAUAAUGACUGCGAGUACGACUGGGGGCAGCUGUCUUACAGCAAAGGGGUUAGACAUCAGUCUCGCAGCUUUACAAAGACAAGAUCCCUACAUCAACAACAUCGUGGACGUGGCGAGUCAAGUUGCGCUGUAUACUUUUAACAGCAAAACAAAUGAAUGGGAAAAGACCGACGUGGAAGGGACCCUGUUUGUGUACACAAGGCUGGCCUCCCCCCGACACGGCUUCACCAUCAUGAACCGGCUCAGCAUGGAGAACCUCACCGAGCCCAUCACCAAGGACCUCGACUUCCAGCUGCAGGACCCCUUCCUGCUCUACAGGAAUGCCCGCCUGUCCAUCCAUGGCAUCUGGUUCUAUGACAAGACUGACUGCCAGCGCAUUGCAGACCUCAUGAAGAACCUGACGCACCAGGAGCAGCAUGUGCACCAGCAGCAGCAGUGUGGCUGGGUCUCCCCGCGCGGCCCCGACCCCACACACACCACACACACACACACCGGCCACACACACGCCAGCGGCGUCGACAUCCUGCAGAUGCUCACCAAGGCCCGCAACGACUACGACACACACAAGGGCAAGGUGAGCUCGGAGCCCUUGGAGAUCGGGGGUGGAGGGGGCGUUCUCCAUGACAACCCGCACCUCAUCAAGCCCAUCCCCCUCAAGCCCACCGAGCGCCAGAGGAUGCUGCAGCACCAGGAUGGUGACUCUAAGCCCAUCUCUCUGGUGUCUCUGUUUGGACCCCAGCCGGUACCAGUGUCCCAGCCGCCCCCCAUCUUCCCUCACCAGCACCAGCACCAGGUGGGCCCACUAGUCCAACAGCACCACCAGCAGCACCAACAGCACCAGCACCAAGCGGGCUCACUAGUCCAACAGCAGCAGCAGCAGCAUCCGGGCCCAGCGUUGUCCCACUCGGCCGGUGUGGGGUCAGGAGGUCGCCCCGGGGUCGUAGGUCGGCCGGCGGUGGCGCGCUCUCUGUCCUACGACGACCCGUCCGCCCAGGCGGUGCCGGUGAGCCCCGGGGGGGGUCCCCUGAUGGCCGCGGCCCCCCCUCGCCCCCCCCACUCCUCCUCCUCCUCCUCCUCCGCCCCCCAGCCCUGCGCCGCCAUCCAGAUGCUCAUGAGCGGCCAGCGGGGGGCGCCAGAGAUGCAGCCGCUCACACACUCGCCCGACAAACAGCGCGACAAGCGUGUGUGUGAGAACGGCUUCCAGCGAGGAGGAGCAGGAGGAGGAGGAGCAGGAGGAGGAGGAGCAGGAGGAGGAGGAGGAGCAGGAGGAGGAGGAGGAGGAGGAGACCCGCUCCAGAAACUCUUCCCCCACCCCCUCGCCCUCCAUCCUGCCCCGAUGCCCCCCCCCUCGUCCGUAUCUGCCCCGGGCUACCCCAGCGCUCCUCCCCCCUCCUCCUUCGUCUCAGGGCUCCAGCAGCAGCAGCAGCGCCCCGUGGACACACUAGCGGGGAUCUUCCAGCAGCACCCCCACAUCCAGCAGCACCCCCACUUCAACCAGCACCCUCAAGCCCAACACCCCCAGCAAAUCCACCAGCACCCACAAAUGCACCAGCACCCCCAAAUCCACCAGCACCCCCAAAUCCACCCCCACCCCCACAUGCUCCAGCACCCCCCUCCUCCCCACCCCCACCCCCACCCGCAGCUGCCCCCGGCCCCCAGCCAGCCCCACCUCUUCAGCCCCAGCAAGCCCCUCCUGCCCUCCCCCCUGCAGCCGCCCACUCACCCGCUACAGGUGGGCUCAGGUGUGUUACCUGCUCAGGUGGGCUCAGGUGUGUUACCUGCUCAGGUGGGCUCAGGUGUGUUACCUGCACAGGUGGGCUCAGGUGUGUUACCUGCACAGGUGGGCUCAGGUGUGUUACCUGCUCAGGUGGGCUCAGGUGUGGUGUCCCCUCACGAGCUCCUGCAGCGCUUGCAGCUGGUCCAGCAGGAGCAGAACCAAGACCAGAACCAGAACCAGGCGGCUGAGUCCGGUCGGCCCCCGCUGGCCCCCUGCUUCCACCAGAACCCCCACCAGCCUCCACCCCCCCACCAGAACCACCAGAACCAGCAGCACCAGCAGCAGCACCAGAACCAGCAGCACCAGCACCGGCCCACAGAGACCAGCGGCGCCGCCCAGACUGGACCCAACUCCAACCAGCACUUCCAGGGUGUCCCGGCCACCGUGGGCCCCACUCUGCUCAUGUCCCCGAGCGUGUUCUCCCAGACCAAACUGCCCCGUGGGGCAGAAGAACCCCCCCAUCUGCCCCCACCUGCCCCCGAGGAGCCCCGUGCCCUCAGCAGGAGCCAGCUGCAGGCCACCCUCGUCCACCUCAUUCAGAACGACUCCUCCUUCCUGGACGUGAUCUAUGAGGCGUACGUCUCCAGAUUGGCCAAUGACGGCAGCCGACCUCGUUACUGACCCAGGAGAUGACCCAGGAGAUGACCCGAGGCAACGCACCCGACAACCCAAACCCAAAGCCAUGCACUAUUCUGACCACAUUAUGCAAGCCUGUGUGCGUGUGCGUGUGUGUGAGAGAGUGAGUGAGUGAGUGAGAGAGAGAGAGAGAGAAAGACGAAGAGGCAGAGAGGGAAGUUUUUAAUUUUUAGUUUUUAAAUUUAGUUUUUAAAUUAUUGGAGUCCAUGAAAAGGGAAGCGUUUCCUGUAGCAUCUCUCUCCAAAUGCCCUUUAACUGACACGGCACUGCACAGGCCAAGAUGGCCACCGGCCUCCCGUAGCUAAGCAGGUCCUCAGCUCUGAUGCCAAACACCAUGAUUUCCCUGCGCGCACACACACACACACACAAUCAAACACUCACAAACACCAUGAUUUCCCUGCGUGUGCACACACACACACACCAUGAUUUCCCUGCGUACGCGCACACACACACACACACACACACACACACACACACACACACACACACACACACACACACACACACACACACACACACACACACACACACACACACAACUCAAGUCCAUCACCUCAGACGAACACACACACACACACACACACAUACACACAACUCAAGUCCAUCACCUCAGACGGGGACACACCUACUGCUACUAAGGUGUGCACACACACACACACACACACACACACACACACACCAUGAUGUCCCUGUGCUCAACUGAGCAGAAGCCCAGAUUGUGUAAGCACUAUGACGCUUCCAAAAAGUAGCAGAAGCUAUCACUCGUAUACACAUACUGUACACACACACACACACACACACUCACGGCUCAUAGAAUCCCUCCCAGUCUCCUCCACUCACCAGUCAGGCUAAUUUGAUAGAAAAUGUGUCUCAUUUCAGAGAGUAAGAAAAUAUUUUGUUACUAAAGGUUUUAGAAUAUUUUUUUUUCUAUUUUUCUAUGGAACAAAUCUGCAUUCUUCUUGGCUCCAGCAGGCCUGUGUAUCAGCAGCAGCAGCAGCAGUAGUGGCAGCUGGGUGUGCUGGGAGCGAGUACUGUAUGCCUGCAUACGUCUGUAGACCACAAUGUGGACCUUUUAAACGCCACCCAAAGCAAUGCAUUUGACCUCUGACUUAAUAAAGACCACUGUUAAGCCCUGCA